GAGAACAUGGAAGAUGGCAAAACGCGUUUGAGGAACGCGUCGUAUGCAAAACAAGACAUCCCCACUUUCCUCGCACUGCAGACAUUGGCCCACCAUUAAGCGCAUGUCCAGCCGCACCCGUCUCUUAUAUCAACAGACUGCCUGGGCUACUCUUCCAUACGACUUCGCCCGCUUGGAGAGGUGUGCGUCGGUGGAACGUCAUUCCACUCGUGAUGGCCGUUGGCAGAGACGCUUGAAGAUUAGGGAACAUUAGAGUCGGGAGGAGGGUGCAGGUACCAUACAGUAAACACGCACGCACAGUAGCUAGCUAGCAACAAGCACCACUCCUAUCGGUCCGCCCGAACCCCCUCGCAGCUGUCUCUCAACUGUCCAAGUCCCCGAACUUCUCGUACCCCGAAACGACACUGAAAAAGGCACCACCGCCUCCCUUCCACCCCUUCUCAACCCGACCCCAACACCGCCAUGACCCCAGACCUAACAGAAGCCGAACAGACCGUCCUCGCUCAAGACGAAAACUACCUCCUUCUUGCAACAACCCUGGACGUACUCCGCAACCAGCUCCAGCAGGCCGAAAUUGAUUUGAGGGUGUUGGUGGAGAUGAAGGAGAAGGCGUCGAGCGAGCCGGUGGCGUUUGUUGGGAUGUUGCGGGAUAAGACACACCCGCCCUUCCCCAAACCACAGCGCAUCGUCCCGCUCCCCGAGAUCGAUUGGUCUCAAUACCCAGCAGUCGCACCAACCUCGUUCGACCCCGCACACCACACAAGCACCCGUACACGCACGGAAACCGCCUCUUCCAUGGGCGCUGACUUUGAUUACAGACCCUCGCCUCCGGCACCCGUUCCGUCAGUCGCGUCGGCAUAUCCUGCGUAUAUGGCUGGGGUAUCGGGUCCGACCGUGGGUGGCGACGGGGAGGCCGCGAUGGGUAGAGUGAACACACCUACGUCCACCGAUGACCGCUCCCAAACGCUCAACAUGACAUGGACCGAGGAGGAACAUACGCGCCUCCUAGAACUCCUCGAACUGUACCCCUCGGAACCCAUCGCGAUGCGCCGCCUGGAAAAGAUCUCGGCUGCGAUGGGGAGUCGGACGGCGAAACAGAUUGGGACGCGGUUGCAAAAGUUGGCGGAGAGGAUGAAGGGGGCGAGGGGAGUUGGUGCGUUCAGGAAACCGCCAACGACGAGCUCCUCUGGCCGCGUUUCGGGGCAAUACUAUUCCAAUCGCUCAUCAACACCGCGCUACACCAACUCCUCCAUUACACUCUCCGACGACGAAGCCGGCGACGAUACGCUCUUGGGCAUGGAAGUUGACGAGCGGCUAAAAGGGAGUGAUGAGUAUAAGGAACUGGUUCGAUUGCAAAAACUGAUGGCAGCAAAUCAGCCAGCAGCACACGCAGCGGAUCCGGUACAUCAUGGGUACUCGUGUGAUCGCUGUGCGGCUGAGCCGAUUGUUGGGACGCGGUGGAAAUGCACGCAAUGUCCUGCGGAACUUCAGGUCGAUUUGUGUGAUGAUUGUAUAUCGAAGGGGUUUACUAAUGAUGUACAUACCGCGGACCAUGCUAUGCAGAAGAUUGUGGAGCCGGAAGCGGUGGAUGGUGUGGAGGGAGAUCCCUACGCUUACUUGGGGUUGUGAGGGUUCAGGUUUUUUGUGAGACACAGUGAAGGGGCGAGUCCGUGGCGUGGACUGGCGAUGGCGGGAUGGGAGCUGGAGUAUCGUAUGGGUUAGGGAGAACAAACCAUGGCGUAUGACCCGUCGCCUUUUUGGGCGGGAUUUAGGUAGCGGGAUCUCUUCAUAAAGCUCUAUGAGGAAGCAAUGCAGAUUUUUUGGUCUUGUAGUAGGCACUGGGACGUCAGCGCAGAACUACGCACCCGCGAGAACGUUGCUCGUCUCGCCUGUGCUGCGAUGUGUGUGUGCAUCGAUGCCUGUCCUUAGACCAAAAACGUCCUUUCUCGCAAGUCGAAAUUACGCGCGACGCGUUAUGACACUCUGAGG